GAAUUGUAGUAUGAACUAAGAGUCCCAGAAAUAACGCAAUUGAAUUAAGAAGUGAGACACAAGCACAAACGAAUGUAUUGUAUUUGGAAUUCGAAAUCAAGCAUUCAACAAGUACCAAGGUAUUAUUAAUUCGUUCAAACACCACAAUAGUCCAGAAAUUAUCCGACAUUUGAUAAAGUAGACGAAUAAUAUUGUGACGGAAGAUGAAAAUGGAGAUCUCUUAGCGAAAUCUGAGAACCACACAGUAAUACUUCAUUUGCAAAAUACUAAUCAACUGUCACAGACUUUGUUGUUCCUUCGUUUCCAUACUAAUCAUUCUCUGUUCUCGUUCUCUUUUCUUCGAUCUUCUCAGCCUUCUGCCUCUAAGCAUUCCACUUUCGAUUGAUGAUAUAUACUACUUAUGUCUGUCGACAUCAACAACGCAUACCGCAACACACUAUGUUAAUGUUUUAUCGUUAUAUCUAGAGCUUUUGAUUCUUAACAUACCGCGUAUAACCUGAGCAAUCAGACGUCAGAACCCUCCCGAGUCGAAAAUGAGAAGACAGAAGACAAGUGAAAUGAAUUUUAUUUCAAACAGUGUCAAUUAUGUCAAUUGGUGUAACGUCCACGUUCUGCUGUGCCAAGUUUGCGUAGCAACACUCUGACCUUUGCGGGAUGAUCAAAUAUCUCUAGGUCAACCUUGAAUACAUCUUCGUAUUUCUUGAACUAUGAUACAAAUGUGACAUCAACCAAACCAUCAAAAUGAAAUCCAUGGAUAGAAUUAAUAAUGUGGUCUCUAUGAGGUUUGAAAGGAUCAUUUAUGCCAACCAACCUCCUGCCUAGCACUGUGAUAGCUGCUGAUAUCCCAAAGCUCAACUGCUCAGAGAAAAUCGUGCUCACUGGAAUUGUUAAGUAUACACAUCCACAAAUUGGUGCAAUCAAAUGGCUAGACUGCCAUCAAGUGUACAUUGCCAGAUAUCUAGAGUUUUAUCGAAAAGAAAAGAAACAGAGACAAAGAAAUAAAUCUGUUUGUAGUAACUUGUGGCGAAAGAUAUUGAAAACUGAUUCAUGUAAUUCUGUUUUAAUUUGUUAAUUUUAUCAUUGAACAUUAUCACACAUAUUCUUUUCUGUCAUCUGUUUCUAAUCGCCUAUUGGAAAUGAACGUAGUAGGUGAAUAUAUAGACUGGAUGAACAGGAUUUUUAAAACAAGCAUGGAAAGAGCAGACCCCAGAGUCUCUUCGAUGUUCCUAAUGAGUUCAGUGAAUGGUUUAUUAUAUGUGAUCAUUGCCUACCUAACAUUAGUUCAUUAUGGGUUAAAGUUCAUGAAAGGAAGGAAUCCUUUUCGUAUAAAUGGACUCGUUUUUGUGUAUGAUUGGAUCAUGGUAGUUAUAAAUGCCUAUAUGCUAUAUGAAUCUAUAGCAGUCGCAUUUAAUGAAAAUUAUUCGUUGUAUUGUCAAAAGGUUGAUUACAGCUCAAAUCCUAACGCCUUGAGAUUAGUCCGAGCUAUUUGGUUAUUUCAUAUAUCAAAAGUGAUAGAAUGUUUAGAUACAUUCUUUUUUAUAAUUCGUGGUCGAACACAUCUUGUCACAUGGUUACAUGUCUAUCACCAUUGUACAAUGAUUCCGAUAACAUGGGCUGGAGUGAAAUGGGUAGCUGGGGGUGAAAUAUUCCAACCUGUCGCAGUCAACUGCACGAUUCAUGUGAUUAUGUACAGUUAUUAUGCAUUUGCAGCUCUUGGACCUAAAUGGCGAAAAUACUUGUGGUGGAAACGUUACCUAACAAUGCUACAAAUGAUUCAAUUUAGCUAUGGAAUGCUUUAUUCUUACAUUUCGCUUUACAACCAAUGUGGUCUGAAGGAAUUUGUAUAUUACAUCAAUUUGUUUUAUCAAGCCAGUCUUCUAUUACUUUUCUAUAAUCAUUAUCACCAUGCAUAUCAUAAAUCGAAAAACCAAAAGUUAUGUAAAGCAACCGAUGACAAUUCAAUAGACAUUCAUACAAAUGGAAAUAUUAAAAAGGAUGAAUGAGAUUAAUCUAUAUUAUUUGGUUCUUUCAACCAUUAACUGACAAUAUCUUGAAUAUUAUAAAGAUAUAUGUAAAAUGUAUAUUUUUUACAAUGACAAAUAAUACGAGAAUGUAUACAUUGAAUAAAAUUAAUUUUCGAUGUUAUGAAAUUAUGAUACAAUCUCUAAACUAGUGAAAACAUACUUCUUCUUUUCUUUUUUCCUUUUUGUUUAAUUCUUCUCAAAAGUAUUGACAUAAUACUUUUCUAUUUAUAUGAAUUAAUAUCGUUUUAAAAAUUUCUAAGUGUACCACUUUCUUGUUUAUGUGUAAUAGUAAACAUUUUGUGCAUAGACUUUAUUUCUUUGUCUAGACCAUUUUCAUAAACGUAUUCUUUUCUAAAGAAAAGUAUUGAUAAUUUGUGUAUGUGUAAUGAAUUCAGGUAGGUCAAUUAUUUAUGUAUUUGUACGCCUACAUUGUGUGUAGAGAUCUUGACGAUCAAGUUAGAAGGUAAAAUACUUAAUCAUCAAAUUUUAAGUUGUAUAUUUAAAUUGUUAUUUAGUUAUUUUAGUUGAGAAAACCGAGGAGUAUUUACAGCCGUAAUACACAAAAGUGAUCAAUCAAACUUAAGUAAAUGAAGGUGUCAGUGGUUUCUGGGUUAGAUAAUCAUUUUGAUUGUACAAUAUUAAUUAUUAGUAAACUGCCUCUCUUUAUUCAGAUAAUUUUUGUUAUUGUAAUUAAUCUUCAC